UAAAAACACCAUAGACUCUCAAAAUUAUCGGGACUGCUAUCUAAAUUCACCUAAGCUCCAACCGCAGGUACCGGUUUUCAGAUUCAAAAUAUCUCUGUAUCAGUGUAUCUAUAUAAACUUGCACGGAAAUUUCAAACAGUUACUUUCACAUUGAAUUAAACCGAGUUCCACUUCGAUUUCAGACCACGGACGAGCAUUGUUUAGUGAGACUACCGAUCGUAAAGAACAAGAGGUGUAGGUGUGAGUGAUAAUAUUAUUAAUCUCUCUAUCAGAUAUGAGGCUAUUGACUUUAUUGGGAUUGUUUUGCAUCGAUUAUAUUAGUGCAUUUUCCUCUCCUUGGUCAUGGGAAUGUGAGAACCACAAAUGUAUCAAAAAAGAGAUCCGGAAAGGCGAAGAAAACGACGCGGUGUGCUUGGAAGCUUGCCAAAUGUUCUGUUCAAAAACUUCGGGACUCUGGCCGAAACCAACUGGAACAGUUGAUAUUAGCAGCCAUAUUGUACCCCUGGACCCUGCUCGAAUAGAAGUUAACUCAAGAAAAGCGGGAUCGUUAAUAAAUAAAGCUGUGAAAUCAUUCAAAGAAGAUAUCAUAAGUAGAGCAGCUACUACGAGAGAUUCUUCCGAACGUGAUGGGAAACCACUUUCAAUCAGUAUUUUUCUAACAGAACCGCAAGAAACUGAUAAACUCACCAUGGAAACAGAUGAAUCUUAUCAUUUAGUCAUCAGUCCUGAUGAAAAAGGAAAAUUGGAAGUAAAUAUAACAGCUCCCAAUUUCUUUGGAAGCAGGCAUGCUUUAGAAACUCUUGGUCAACUAAUAAUAUACGAUGAUCUGAGAAACAAAUUGAUGGCACCAUCGAAUGUUAAUAUUUCCGAUAAGCCAGCGUAUCCGUACAGAGGAAUUCUAUUAGAUACUUCGAGAAACUACAUAUCAGUGGAUACUAUUAAGAAAACUAUCAAUGGAAUGGCUGCUUCUAAACUCAAUUAUUUCCAUUGGCACAUAACCGAUUCACAUAGUUUUCCUUAUGUUUCCAAAUCCAGACCAGAACUAUCUCUGUAUGGAGCUUAUUCUCCGAAGAAGGUGUAUACAGAAAGAGACAUUGAUGAAAUCAUAGAUUUCGCUAAAUCAAGGGGAGUACGGGUUAUACCAGAAUUUGACGCCCCAGCUCACGUUGGUGAAGGCUGGCAGAAAACUGGAUAUGUUAUAUGCCUGAAUGCUCAACCAUGGGGUUCUUACUGCGUGGAACCCCCAUGUGGUCAAUUUGAUGUCACCAAGGAUGGCCUUUAUGACGUUUUAGAAGAUAUUUACGGUGACAUGGUAGAGCAAUUUGAUCCCGAUAUUUUUCAUAUGGGAGGUGAUGAAGUACAUUUCACAUGCUGGAACAACACCAAAAGCAUAACAGAUUGGAUGACGGAAAGAGGAUGGGGUAGGGAAGAGGCAGAUUUUGCAAAACUUUGGGGAUACUUUCAAGACAAAGCAGCUGACCGACUCUUCAGAAAGACAGGGAAAAAUAUACCAAUUAUUAUGUGGACUAGUACACUAACCAAAAAAGAACACAUAACUAAAUAUUUACCUAAAGAUAAGUAUAUCAUUCAGAUUUGGACUACUGGAAGUGACCCCCAGAUUGACGAAUUAUUAACUGGAGGAUAUAAACUGAUAUUGAGUAAUUACGAUGCUCUUUAUUUGGAUUGCGGUUUCGCUGGAUGGGUUACAGACGGUAAUAACUGGUGUUCUCCAUAUAUAGGAUGGCAAAAAGUUUAUGACAAUAAUCCACGUAAAAUCGCAGGUUCUAGGGUCAACCAAGUACUAGGUUCCGAAGCAGCCUUAUGGACUGAACAGGUAGAUUCCACAGCAGUAGAUUCCAGACUGUGGCCUAGAGCUGCAGCUAUGGCAGAAACAUUGUGGUCUGAUCCUCAGACAUCGUGGCGCGAAGCGGAAAGUCGUCUUCUCAUUCAUAGGGAGAGAUUAGUAAGGAGGGGUAUUAAUGCAGAUGCUUUGGAGCCUGAAUGGUGUUUACAAAAUGAGAACGAGUGCCCUAUUGAUAAAGUGUAGACCUCUCUCAUGAGUUGAAUAUGAAACAUACAGAAAUGAAUAGAUAUAUCUUUCUAUCAAAAUAUGAAAUUAAGACAUGAAUUAAAAUGAUCCACUGAAAAGUU